AUGUUGAAUAUUUUUUCCAAUGAAGAUUUAUCGGUACCUGCAGAAAAGGAAGAAGAAGAAGAAGAAGAGAAAUUAGAAAAGUCUAAAGAUAAAAAAGAUUUAGAUAAGAUUGAGAAUAAAAAAAUGGACAGAAAAUUUUCGCACGGUUCAUAUUUAUCUAAAUAUGAUAGUAGUAAAAGGUUAUAUUAUAAUAAAGGUUUGGAAACCAAAAUAAAAUCUUUAAGGAAAAGCUUUAGGAAACGUUAUAGAAUAGUAAGAAAUAAUUUAAUGAAAUUAAUAAAAGUAUUAAAAGAAUUUCCUGAUAUAAAGCAAAUAAAAGAACAUGAAACAACAGAAGGUAAGAUUACAAUCAAUAUUGAUGUGGUUGAAAAAUUAAAUAAAAUUAUGGAUAAAAUAAAUAUAGAAAAAUUAAAAUAUAAUAAUAAAAAAGAAAAAAGAAAAAAAAAAAAAGGAAUUAAAAAUAAAAGUAGAAAUAGAAAUAGUAAUAGGAAUAGGAAUAGGAAUCGAUAUAAGAGUGAAGAAUAUUUAUAUCCAAAAAAAAAAUUAUCCAAAAUUUCUUUUUCAACUACCCUUUUUCCUCUCUCUAAAAGAAUUAGCUACAAAAGUAAUAUAAAUUCAUUAAGUAUGGAAAAUAAAAAGAACAAAAGGAAAAGGAAGAAAAAGAAGAAAAAAAAGAAGAAAGAAAAUAACAUACAAAAUGAAAAACUACAUAAAAGAAAAAACAUAUAUUCCAAGAGAGGUAACAUAUUUAGUAAGAGUAAAACUUUUGGAAAACUUCACAGAAGAAGAAUAUACAAAAAUCCAUAUAAACAUAGAAAAACAUUCUAUGAAAAUAUUUAUGAAAAUUUGAAUGAAAAUCUUAAUCAACAUAUUUAUGAAAAUAUAUACGAAAAUUUGAAUCAAAAUAUAUAUGAAAAUAUGUAUGAAAAUUUGAAUACAAAUAUGUUCCAAAUUACCAAUGAUAACAAUCCUGAAAAAAAGAAUAAAAAUACAUGUAAUAAUAUGUUCGAAAAUUUAUAUGGAAAUGUAUAUCCAAAUGAACUUGAAAUGUCCUAUGAAAGAGAACUUGAUAAUGUAUAUAAAAGUUUAAAUGUAAAUGAAUCUCAUAAUUUAAACAAUAAUUCUCAUAAAUAUAAAUUUCAAAAAACAUUUUAUCAUAAUGCUUUGCAAAAUUAUUACCCAAACACAAGUUUACCUUUUAAUAAGAAUUAUUUAAAAAAUAAUAAUUUUUAUUAUUAUUAUAUGAAUUUAAGAAAUAAAAAACAUCAAAAUGUAAACCAUUAUAAUGAUACAAAUAAUGUACUGGUUACAGAUUUUUAUAUGUAUUCAACAUUAAAUGCAAGUUUUAAUAGAUUAAAUUCUUUGAAAAAUAAAAAUAAUUUUCAUUUAUUUAAUAGAAAUUUUUCUAAUGUGUAUUUGAAAAGGGAAAAUGAUAUAAUAGGUUUCAACAACAACAAUAAUAAUAACAACAAUAAUAAUAAUAAUAAUAAUAAUAAUAAUAAUAAAAUAGAAUCCACUUAUAUGGAACACGAUUUUUUGAAGAAUUUACCUUACACAAUGAAUAAUAAUAAUAACAAUAAUAUGCUUCUUAAAUAUUAUCCUGAACAACAUACUUAUGUUCAUAAUAUUACCGAGAGUUUUUUCUCACCCAACAAGAUAUUUACAAUCAGAAAAGGGAAAAAAAAUAAAACAACAAAUCAAAAUAAACACAAACUAAAAAAAUUUGUCAAAGAUGAAAAAAUUAGAAACUUACUAAGAACAGCUACAAAUGAAGACGAGUUACUUAGAGCAAUAAAUUUUGCAAAAAAUGCUGGUCUUGAAUUUGAAGCAAAGUUAGGUGAUAAAAAAUUAAACAAGCUGAAAUGUACAAGUUGA